GUUUUCAGAAUGAAUGAAGCAGGUCACAUGGGAUGGGAAUUGGGAUGAUGACAAUGCCAUGGAUGGACGUCAACAAGGACCAAGCAAAAUCUGGAUCUCUUCUUCCGAUCCUCCUCACCUUUAACGCUACCAAGAGUCAUCCUGCCUUUAACGCAGACUUAGGCUACUCGCAUCGCAUGCAUAAAUAAAGCUACUUUUUAAUUUGCCAACCAUGGUUCUCUCGACUGGAUCAUGGUUUUCGUUUUACUCGAGUUAGUUGUGUGUACGGAUAUGUACUUACAUACAUUCAUACAUACAUGGUGCAAGCUAGGUAGCAGCUAGUAAUAAGGCCCGGGCGGGUGGCUUCCUGGCUUAUAUUCCUUCUUCCUCCUCCUCUGCUCUGCUCUCCUCCCUCUCCCUCUCUCACACACACGAUCAAGAAGAAGAAGAAGAAGAAGAAGAAGAAGAAGAAGAAGAAGAAGAAGAAGAAGAAGCAUCAUCAGUAGGGUAUACAGGAUGUCGAUCAAGUACUGCGACCAGCACAAGGACUGCGAGCGGCAGCGGCUUUACCGCCGGUUCUGCGCGGCCGUCGCGGGGAUCAUCCUGCUGGCCCUCCUCAUCGUGCUGAUCGUGUGGCUUGUCCUCCGCCCCAGCAAGCCCCGCUUCUUCCUCAGCAACGUCGACAUCGUGUGCAUCAACGUGAGCUCCUCCUCGGCGCUGGCGGUGACGAUGCAGGCGACGCUGGCGGCGCGCAACCCGAACGAGCGCGUGGGCAUCUUCUACGACCGCGCCGACGUGUACGCCGAGUACCGGGGCCUCCAGGUGACGGUGGCCACCGCGCUGCCGCCCAUGUUCCAGGGCCGCGGCGACGCCACCGUCUGGGCGCCCUUCCUCUCCGCCGCCGGCGUCCCGCUGCCGCCGUACCUCGCCACCGCGCUCGCGCAGGACGAGACGGCGGGGUACCUGCUCGUCACCAUCCGCGUCGACGGAUGGAUCCGGUGGAAGGCCGGGGCCUUCAUCACCAGCCACUACCACCUCAGGGUGCGCUGCCCGGCGCUGCUCACCGUCAACGACGGCCAGGGAAGCUACGGAUCAAACGCCGGAGGAGGGCUCGGCUACUUCAAGUUCAACCGCGCCGCACCAUGCGUCGUCGACAUCUAGCUACCUAAUUCCUUUUACUCUUUUCAUCUAUCUCUACUUCUUGAAUUGCUGUCCAAUAAUUAUAUAGAUUUCACCGUCGUCGUCCACUCUGCUACUCGUCCUUAAUGACUGCAUGCAUGCUUUAAUUGUUCAGUUCAUAUAUGGCGUGAACAUGAAUUUGUUUUUCACA